UACUUGCACCCAAUAAAUAUGCCAUUAGAGAGAGAACCAGCGAACGAGGAGGAGGAGAGAGAGAGAUGGCGGGUGCAUUCUGGGGAACACGAUUGAUGGAGAUAGUGAAGAAGCACGACUCGGGUGGUCUGGUUUGGAAGAGAAUAAAGCUCACACCCACUCGUAAGGCCAAUGCCAAGAAGCGUCUCCUUCGCGUUUGGCAGAAUGAGGCUGUCUUGAGGGCGUGUUCUGAAGGACCUCCUUCAAAAGCUGCUGAAGUUUGUGAAAAAGCAAAGGGAGUAGCCAAGAGUGAGUGAGAACUUGGAAGGAGUAAUUUGACUUUUGCUCACUUGGUUUCUCUUUUCAACUGUUUUGUAUAAACAUAAUGUUUAGUUUUGUUUGAUGUUUGAGGAUAAACUUAACUCAAACAUUAACAAUUCUCCAUUUUGAUAUCUACUACAUAUGCAGAAUCCACUAGAUUAAUAUGUUAAAAUCAUUUUUUGGGCUCUGAACUGUGUGGCAGUUACUGGUAUGGACAUAUUUUCACAACGUAGUUAAUGAAUACAAAUAUCCCAGUGUUUUUGGCUAA